CACACAUAUGCCAGUGAAGCAUUACUCAGUCUGGUGGAGUUGAAUGUCCUGGAGAAGCAAUCGGCCCAAGGCAAUUUCUCAGCGCGCUUGAUUUAGAACGUGCCUCACGGCAAGCCUUCUACAGGAUGGGUGGAGGGGCAAGCUCUUUGAAUAACAAGCUUGUCGAUGCCUCUCACAGAGGUGUUGUGAAGGAGAUGGAGGAAGCGCUUGCAAAGGGGGCUGAUCCGAACGCCAAGGAUGAGUGGAAGAACAGUGCUCUCAUUUGUGCUGCUCGGAAAGGCAACACCGAUGCGUGUUCCUUGCUCAUCAAGCACAAGGCUGAAGUCGACUACCUCAACAAAGACAACCUGACUCCUUUGUAUUACGCCGCCAAAGACCAUCACACCGACACUGUGAAAGUUCUUCUUGAUGCAGGUGCACAUGCAGACAUCUACGAUGAGUUGCGCGAAACACCCCUUUUUGAUGCGGCUUGGUUUGGGCAGCUUGAGCUUUGCAAACUACUGAUCGAGAAAGGUGCGAAAGUCGACAAUCAGUCCAAACUUACAAAGUCAACUCCUUUGCACAAGGCAGCCAUGAUGGGAAAGUUGGAUAUUUGUAAGCUCUUGAUUGAAAAGGGGGCCAACACAAAGUUGAAGAAUGACAAGGACCGUACCCCCCUUGACUGUGCUGAGUACAUGAAUGAGGCCGAGACUGCCCAGUACUUGAAGAGUUUGGAAGGUGCUCAAGCGGCUGACGCACCCAAGGAAGCAGAAGGACCGGCUGUGCCCCAAAAAGCCGAUGAAGCUGCGACCGAGGAGGCUGUGCCAGCUGCCCCAGUGGACGCAGCUGAGGCUGCGACGGAGGAGGCUGUGGCUGCACCAGCUGCCCCCGAGGAAGCCACGGAAGCCCAAGGGGCGGAGACCGCACCGGAGACGGCCGCUGACACAGAGGCCACGCCGGCAGCGCCAGCUGAGGCACCAGCAGAAGGUGCUUGAGACUGAACACAUUUGAGCGGUCUCUUUUGAGAGAUUGAGCUUUGAAGGCACUUGUGGAUUGACAGUGCCUGUAAAGGUAGAGUUUCACAUGUAUCAGCAUCUCUCAUGUUGAAUCUCACAACCACUUGAACUUUGACUUUGCCUUGCAUUGGCCAUAGGGUCUCGUGCACAAAAA